UUCCUCUUUCCAAAUUGCUCACCCAAUUCGGGACUUGCACACAAAUCUGUUAGUUCUAUGGAAGCUACUGGGAAGUCGCCAUAAUGGUAAAUCAGCUCUCCAAGAAGUGUAGAGAGUUAUGGCUAAGCAAUUUGAGAGCCUUCAGAGUAUUGCUGAUUAAAAAUAAGAAGGUUCUUAAAUAUCAUAAAGGCUUUGAUACUGAAAUUGCUGAGUAUCUCCUGAAAUCAGAUAGAUACGUCAGCUACAGACUAGAUUUAUGCAUCGGAAGUGAUAAAGAAAUGGGAAUCUUCUUGAAGUUUGUUAACCAAAUUGAUACCUCUCAGAGUACUCUUGCGUGUGAGUUUGAGAAUAAUUCAGUGAAUAUUUCGAACAACUUUUGGAAGCCCGAACAAAUCAAUCCAAUAUUUGAAGAAUUCAUAUCAAAGAAUCUCUCUAUUACUAAUAUUCAGAUUGAGAAUAAAUUUGACAGUAAUGAAGCUGAAGCAAUUUAUGAUACCUCGGAAGUUUCAUAUGAGUACUCCAAGAUUAUUGACACCUCAAUGCCAUUUCACUCGAAUGUGAAGAAGGUGAAUACUUUUUUCAUGAAAGAAAUGAUUUCACCAACAGAUCAAGAUAUCGAAAAGUUGGUUGUAGAUUACUCUCUAUUCUCAAGAUUUUAUGAAGAAAUGCCAAUCUUAUGUCCAGAGAAGAUCAACAAGAUUGAGAUUAGGGAGCCCAAUAUUGGAAAUAUUUCAAAAAGUCAAAGACUAAAUAAGCCAGAAUUUAUAGAUUUCCUUGAGACAUCAUUUCCAAGAAGUCUACAGGAGGUAUUCCCAAGACUAAGUGAAAUAACCUUGGCACUGUGCCACCCUACCACAAACGAACUUUUGGAAUUAGAGAAGAUCAUUAAGAGGAGUAACGAAGCUGGUGUAUCGACAAAACUAAAUCUUUGCCCAGAAAUUCCUCAGAGGAAGCCCUACUUUGUACAAGAAAAUACUAAUGUGUACAUGAUCUCAGAUACCCGUGGAGAUAUAAUUGAAACAUAUGGACUCCCAGGCUCGAAUGUGGCUACAAUGAGCACUAAAGUUCUCCACUGCUUCACUGUCGGAAGAUUGGAAUGAUACGAACCAAUGGCAGGGGUUGAUAGUGGAAUGAGGACUCCAUACGGUGGAAGACCAGUCAGAAAAAUUUACACUCACAAAAUUCAUCCAACAAAGAAAUACUUGUUCAUGCAGUCGUUGCAUAAUAUAAAUCUAUAUGACGUCUCAUUAAAUGGGAGACUUAAUCUUUCUCCAAAAAUCGAAAAAGAGAUGAUGAACCUCUUUGCACAGUAUAAGCUAGCCCAGCCUUGUUUGCUCCUAAAAAACAGAGCUUUUACUGGGAUAUGGGGGAAAUAAGGAGUUUAAUCAUUUAUAUUUCAAGCAGGAUGAUGAAAGCAACACUAACCUAAAUCUUGAGCUAAUAGAUGAUAAUAGCCAUGUGAUCUUAGCUCCAAGGCUUCCAUCCAAGCUUGCCCAGAUGUCUUCUAUGAAACUUACUGUAGAGUUUCCUGAACCCAGACUUGUUGGAGAACUUAUCAAGUGUCUUAAUGGGUCUGUGACACAUCUAGAUAUGAGAGCAAGACCUGGAAGAUUAAGCAAAACAAAAAAGAGAAUUAAAGAGCAGAUUAUUGAAAAGAUCUUGGGCAUGAAGAAUUUAAAUACCUUUAUAUACUCGAGAGUUGGAACUGACUGUAACAUAUUCCUCAGAAACAUGAAUGAUAAAUCCAAACCGGCAUUGAAGGAGCUUCUGGAGUACUGUUUCCUAGGUGGAGAGAUGCCAGGAAUCCAACCCGAUUAUUUGGACUAUAUCUCGAUCAACACGUCUAAAUAGAUAGUACCGAAUUCAAUCAGAAUGG